AUGGCUAACCCAAAGAAAAUUAUCCGGGAGAUGGUCAGCGGGCAGCGUAACCGCUACACCCAAGAUGACUUCAACCUGGAUCUUACAUACAUCAUGCCGAAUAUCAUCGCCAUGGGCUACCCGGCAGAAAACAUGGAGGCCAUCUAUCGUAAUAACCGCGAGGACGUGCUCAAGUUCCUCACGGAGAAGCACGAGAGCAAGUACAAGGUGUAUAAUCUUUGCUCCGAACGUACCUAUGAUCCAAAAUUGUUUCCGUACCACGCCGAAUAUCCAUUCAAAGAUCACAACCCACCAGACAUUGAGCUCAUCGACAAGUUCUGCAAAGAUGUGUAUACUUUCCUGAAUGCUGAUAGAUCUCACGUUGUGGCUAUCCACUGCAAGGCUGGCAAAGGUCGUACGGGAACGAUGAUCUGUUGCUACAUGCUUUACGACAACACCUUUCAGACGGCCAACGAGGCACUGACGUACUACGCAGAGAAACGCACAAAGGACAAAAAGGGAGUCACCAUUCCUUCUCAACGCCGAUACGUGGAGUAUUACGAACACUUGCUGCGCAACAAUCUAACCUACCGGAAGGUUUCGCUAUAUGUUCUCGAACUGCGCAUCUUUCCUGUUGAUGUGCCUGUGAAAGUUGGAUCUAUACAGCAGAAGGAUAUGAAGGAACCGCUGCCACUGGUGAAAUUCCGCCGCACGGAGGAGUACAUAUCGGUGGAGCUUGACUGCUGUAUGCCGCUAGCCGGCGAUGUGAAGGUUGAGUUCCGUGGUAACAAACUCGACAAAGGAUGGCACUUUUGGUUCAAUACGUUUUUCGUUGAGCUCGCUGGUAUAUAUGAUUCACAGGGUCGAUUAGUUUUGGCUUUGGACAAAAAAGAGAUUGACGACGCGCAUAAAGGUAACGCCAAAAAGUGCCCGGAACAGGUGCAAGUUUUUCUGAAUCCGCGAGGAAAGAGUUCCGAUAACUUAGACGCUAGGCCGCUACCGCAGCCCUUGGUUGAUGGAAAUCAAAAGAACGCUGCACAAAACAACCAUCACGUGCUACAUUACCAACAACAGUCGGUAACGCAGGAUCAGCAACAGGUGCAACAAAGGCAUUAUAUUGCCUUAAGGGAUCCGCCAAAUCGGAGUCAAUCGCUGAUACCUAGCUCCAACUACGAUCCCCAGCUGCAUCAUCGAUCCGUCAAUAACAAUCGCGCUUCACUGGGUAGCAACCAGCAGAAUAGCGGCAUUUAUUGUAACAUCGGGAUUAACAUUCCGGAUGUGGAAAGGCAGACACAACAGCAACAGCUUCAGCAACAACAACUGCUUCAGCAGCAGCAGCAGCAGCAGCAACUGCUCCAGCAGCAGCAGCAGCAACAAGCGCAACAACAACAGCGUCAGCUGAACCAUUCCGGAGGCUCUUCCGAGGGUACCGAUGAAGAUUGGGAAUCCGGUGAGUGUCAAACAGUAGUAUCGGAAACCAUGUGCAAAUCAAGAACAACAGCUACUACAUCAGCAACAACCGCGAAUACAACAACAGCUACGAUUACCUCGAUCACUACAACUACAACAAUCCCCAGUACAACAACACCCAUUACCAAAUCCAACCAAACCAGUAGUAGUAGCCCCGCUGAUCAAUCUCCUCCAAUACCACCCGCGCGACCAACAGCAACGAUGGUAGCAAUGGCUACAGCAGUAACGGUACCCAGCAGCAAAACUUGUAUUUCCCUUCCUUCCUCUUCCGUUCGUCGUUGCAUCAGCGACAACGAAAACUACCUCCUCACACGUAGUAGUUGUGGCCUCAUCAGUAAAAGUAGUAAAAGUAGUUAUGAUCGGCUCGGCGAGCACGAGUCCUGUAGUAGCGAUAGUACCAUUACCACCACCAACCAAACUCUUAACCAAAUUAGCCGGAUCUGUCAGAUCCCGAACCACCAACGUCUGCAUGCUGCAAUCGACGAUAAUACGCCAUUCCGAUCCGGAUCGGUUGCCGAUUCCUCGUCGUUAGCAGUUAUGUUGUAUGAUGCUAGUGCGCUACAAUUCGGAUACUCCAGUGUUGGAAACGACGCUGAUCGUUUGUUGCGAGAAUCGCGUACUUUGCUGCCAUUGGCGGAAACGCAGGAAACAAUAUCGAGAAUGUCUGGGUACGUUAAUAUUGGUUCUGUCGAUCGGUCCGUCUCCGUGGGCGAACGCAGUGAAGUGGUAAACGAUCGAUCGAUAGAGGAUCUCACGGACAAUGGUACUAGUGGAGGUGGUAGCAGCAAAAGCAAACUAGCGUCUUCAUCUCCGUUUCGACGGUUCGGUAUGGUCAUGAGACGUAAGAAGAAACGUUCGUUAAAACUCAAGCACGCCUCCGGGAGCAAUAGUGGCAUCGGUGGGAACACACUGUACGGGUCUUGUGCCAGCAAUCUUUCUGGCAUUUCGGUGGGUAACGGUUCGGCAAAGGGCAUGGGAUUGGGUUCGACCGCUGCCAAUGAUGGCAGUGGAGGAAGUAGCAGCAAAAGAACGAAGCUAAAAUUUCGUUGGCUUCGCAAUAUGCGUAGCGAUCCGAACUUAAAAGAGACACUUGUGAAGAGCGUUCAACUUCGUACGACCACCAUUGGAACUGGUUGCAUACUUGAGGUAGCGAAAGGUAGUACCACCACCUCUAACGUCGCUAUCCCGAAAAGUCCAAUGUCAACUUCUAAGAUGCCAAUAUCGGAUAUUGCGAGCAGUGGAGGUGCUAAACUAGCAAGUGAUAUUGUUGGCGACAUGAAAGAGAUCGCUUGUUGUAAUCUUCCCACCGACUAUUACUCAUUUCUCUGUGAUAAUCAGUUGAGCUAUGAAUCGCCCGGCAAAAGUCCGGGCCAUAUGAUGCGAUUAGAGUUGGCACUCGCUCGUCGCCCGUCCACCAUCGAAGAAGUUCUCCAGCAACCGGGUCCACCGACGCCACCACCACUUCCUCCGCCACCGUCACCCGGAUCCCCAGCAGCGAUUACCGUGUCCGACACGGACUGCAGCGUAGUGAAACCGAGAGCAUCAAACGUCAAGGUUGGCUUCAACGUCAGUCCAGCACCGGCAUCACCGGUGGAUACUGUACAUGGUUCGAUUGAGGGUUCAUUCGAGAUCAUUGAGAAAAGUGACGCACUGAUGGAACCGACGGAGAAACUGUCGUCUGCAGAACGUGCUAGCGAUGGUGGUACUACUGCUGGUGGUCCGUUGCUAUCCGGUGGCGGAGGACAUAGUUUCUGCAACAAAUUAUUACAACACAUUGUUACCUCGGUUAGCGGUGGGGUGCGUAAGGGAGUAGAUCCAACGCUUUCAAUCGAAGGUAAAAAACAAGAUGUUGAAGGCUCUGUCGAACGUUCCACUGCUGCCGCUACCACCGUUGCCCCUAACAGCAUUCGUCGUUCAAUGUCAUCUUGCUCUGCCCUGACCGAGGUACAAACUAUGUCAUCGCCAGUACUAGAAGCUGGCACAAGUCCCGUCCUUUCACGCAGUAACCGUUGCGCACCGUUCUCGUUUCGCGAGCUGAGGUCAGAGCUGCGUGCAGCCAUGAAGAUACCGUUGCCAAAGCAUCGAACCCAACCGGCAUCGUCCUCUUCGUCCUCGUCGUCAAACAUCGCUGGCGUUACCAGUGGCGGUGAUAGUUCGACUGUUAUUCGUUCGAUCGAACGAACCUUGAGCGCUCCUGUGGCUGUACAAACACUCGAUUCGGAUGCUGGAAAUAAUAGGAUCGCUAGUUUCACGACUUUCGCUGGCAAUACCACCUCCACUAGCGUCAAUGUAUCUUCCGCUAACGGAUCAUUACCAACACUCAAUCGUUCGCAGUCCGAUCGCCAACUUGGUGAUGAUCAUCGCUCUGGUCAUCGGUCGGGUUUGGGACACUGA